GAGACGAUUGGAGUUGAGUUUGAGUUACAUUCAUCGCCGUUUUAUGAAGGCUGAAAGGAGAAUGCAAGCCAACCAAAACUUGCCUUUCAAAGACCACCAGAUUCAGUUUCAGUUUAGUCGACUGGUGAUGUCAGGGGGUGCUUCAACGGAGGAGACACAGCAGAAGCCUGCUUCGUCUCCAGAGCCUUCCACACCGACGCGCAAAAACUUUACUGUAACUGAUGACCUUGUUUUGCUGCGCUGCGUGAACUUAGUGAAGCCAUGGGAAGCUGCUAUGCGAACUACUAACGGAAUAAUGAAGGCAUUCGAGGUUGUGGCAGAUAAGUGCCGUGC